CACGACGUCGUAAUAUUGAAUAAGCGGAAACUGGAGAGAUCCGAGUUGCUAUGUCGGCGAAGGCGACCGCCGGCGGGAGUGGUUCCAUCGACGACGGAUCCGAUAGUGAUCCAUGUCCUAUCUGCCUUGGACCAAUGCGCGAAGACUCCUACCUCGAUACCUGUUUCCACAAGUUUUGUUUCAUUUGCAUCAAACAGUGGAUCAAAGUUGUUUCCAGCAAGGCCUCUAAGCAAUUAUCCUCAGUGAAAUGUCCUCUCUGUAAGAGAGAUAAUUCCUCGAUCAUCCACAACUACGAUGGGUGUUCUUUUGAGCGGCAUUAUAUCAACCGGAAUAUUUCAGAUGGAUUUGUAUUGACAAAAGAACAGAGAUACAGGUUGAGAUGUUACUACACCGAAUCAGGUUUCGUGGCUGAUGUAUUUGAUGUUGCACUGUUUUGGAAGCUGCAAAAGUUUCUUUAUCCAAACCGGUGGCUUGAAGCCUGGUUGAGGAGAGAGCUCCAAGCCCUAAUGCAGGAUGAAGAUGUUGAUAUCGUUCUGCACCAUUUGGUCGGUGUGAUGGAGUCCUUCUGCAAAAGAUUCGAACAGAGACGCAAACAAGAAGCAAGAAGCGUGGAGACAACAAACCAAGAACAAUUCAAAGCAGUCGUCUCAGAAGCAGCACGUCCAUUUGUAAUGGCGAGAACAGACCGGUUUGUGGAUGAGCUAGAACUCUUCCUAGCAGCGGGACUGAACUUGGAGGCUUAUGAUGCAAUCUAUAAGAAGCAGUUAGGCUGGAACAAUCGAAGAGAGAUUGGUGUGGCUAGUGAAGAAAGAGAAGAAGUAGAAGAACAUAACGUAAGAACACGAGUGACACCUUACUUGUUUAUCUCUGAAGAAGACUCAGACUAAGACAACCCAUACACUUCUGUACAAAACUUGUGUCCAGUCGUUAUAGAAGCUCAUAACUUCUUGUUAAUGGUAUACCACUUUUGAUUUGUUUUUACUUUGUUU